GGUAAAGAAAAAGUGAGAGUACGUGGAUAACGUCCCACAAAUCCUAUCCUACUCGCUCGCCUCGCUCACCCUCGUACCUGCAAGUUUCGUCCUGCGUCAACAAGAAGAAGAGCGAAAUGUCCAUCUUCGCCGUAUACGGGACUCGUGUCCCCGUCGCGCCCUCGCCUCUCGCCGGCUCCGCCUCUUCCAAGGAGGCCCCCAGAAUCGCCGGCGGUGAGAGCAUCAGCGGGGGAGGGAUGGGUUCGACUGUAGAGUGCUCGUCGAGGCGGAACAAGAAGGCCACCGCGCGCCACAUUGAGACGAGGCCCCGAAAGUCUCAGGCUUGGGACAUUCGGCGCAAGCCCACCGUCUACGCGUUUCUUCCUCCCCUCCCUCCUGACUGGACGCGCGCCUCUAGUGGUGGCGGCGAUGACGCUUCCGGUCAUUUAUCAUUCAUCAAGGAUGUAGCUGCCACUGAACCUCCUAAGCGUCUUCAUCACCUGCUAAAAGUGCUUCAUGCAAGAGGUGAAACGAUAGUAUCUCCAGGAUCUAGGCAGGGGUUGAUUCCCCUAGUUAUUCCUCUGGCGCAAAAUCUUUCAGGUGGUGUUAUUGGAUUGCUGAGGUGGCCAACAGCCCCACCUGGGAUGGAGAUGCCGAUUGUUGAAGUCCGCAAGCAUGGCGUAUGGCUAUUAGCUAAGAACGUUGAUCAAUAUAUUCAUAGGAUUCUUGUUGAAGAAGAUGCCAAUUCACAGAAUGGUAGUGAUGAACUCUACCGUGCUUCAUCUGAGGCUGGUAAGGAACUUUACAACAAGGGUGAUUUUGCAAAAUCUCAGAUUAAGAAUCUUGAGGUGUAUCUCUUGAAAGAGGUUGGUAUGUUUCCAGAUGUCUUAGAGCGCAAGGUGACUCGCCACUUUGACGAGGGGGAUGAAGUUUCAGCCAUGGUGACUGGAGAGUUCUAUACAAAGAAAGAUCUCUUUCCAGGAUUUGGACGUCCUUUUGCCUUUUAUGCGGAGAUUUUACUACGAGUUGGACGGGCCUCGGAAGCUAAAGAUGCUGCCAGGGUGGCUCUAAAGUCGCCAUGGUGGACAUUAGGCUGCACAUAUGAGGAAGUUGCUCAAAUAGCACAAUGGGAGGAUGAACAAAUAGAGUACAUCAAAGAAAAAGUGUCAGAAGAGGGAAAAGAAGAGGAUAUCAAGAAGGGCAAGGCACCUGCACAGGUCUCUUUGGACGAGGCUGCUUUCUUGCUAGAUUUGGCUUCUAUUGAGGGGACCUGGUCAGAUUAUCUUGAGCGAAUCGCUGAAUGUUACAAGGAAGCGGGAUUCGAUGAUAUAGCCAAGUUUGUUCUGUACCGGGAUUGAGAACACAUCGAUAUGUUGCUUUUAUAAAGAGAAAUC